UCCCCGGCACCGAGGGGACCUCCUGCAAGUGCAACGCAUCCUGUGCACCCCUCGCCUCCUUUGCGCUCGCCCUCGCCCCGCACCCCUGCGGGUCCUGCAGGAAGAUGGUCCACGAGCGGUGGAAGACCGUGGGCGGCGCGUCCCAACUUGAGGACCGACCGCGCGACAAACCGCAGCGAGCAGGCUGCAGUUACAUCCUGUGCACGGUGCUCCUGUCCCUUGCGGUGCUGUUGGCGGUGGCUGUCACCGGCGCCGUUCUCUUCCUGAACCAUGCCCAUGCACCAGGCACAGCGCCUCCACCCAUCGUCAGCACGGGGGCUGCCGGGGCCAACAGUGCCCUGGUCACCGUGGAGAGGGCUGACAGUUCCCACCUCAGUCUCCUCAUCGACCCUCGCUGCCCUGACCUCACUGACAGCUUCGCCCGCCUGGAGGGCAUCCAGGCCUCCAUACUUCGGACACUGAGUGAGCACCAGGCACAGCCGCGGCUGGAUGGUGCCCCCGAGCUGCUGGACGCACUGGCUGAUCAGCUGCCCCGGCUGCUGGCCCGGGCCUCUGAGCUGCAGGCUGAAUGUGCUGGGCUGCGCAAAGGUCACAGCCUCCUGGGCCAGGGCCUCAGCACCCUGCAGAGUGAACAGGGUCGCCUCAUCCAGCUUCUCUCCGAGAGUCAAGGUCACAUGGCUCACCUGGUGAACUCAGUCAGCGAUGUCCUGGAGGCUCUGCAGAGGGAGCGGGGGCUAGGCCGGCCCCGCGUCAAGGCUGACCUUCAGAGGGCACCUUCCAGGGGAGCCCGGCCUCGAGGCUGUGCAAACGGAUCUCGGCCCCGGGACUGUCUGGAUGUUCUCCUGAGUGGACAGCAGGAUGAUGGUGUCUACUCGGUCUUCCCCACUCACUACCCAGCUGGCUUCCAGGUCUACUGCGACAUGCGUACUGACGGCGGGGGCUGGACGGUGUUUCAGCGCCGGGAGGAUGGCUCUGUGAACUUUUUCAGAGGCUGGGAGGCUUACCGGGAGGGCUUCGGCAAGCUUACAGGGGAGCACUGGCUGGGGCUCAAGCGGAUCCACGCCCUGACCACGCAAGCAGCAUACGAACUUCACGUGGACCUAGAGGACUUUGACAAUGGCACCGCCUAUGCCCACUACGGGAGCUUUGGUGUGGGCUUGUUCUCUGUGGACCCUGAGGAGGAUGGGUACCCACUCACGGUGGCUGACUACUCCGGCACCGCAGGCGACUCCCUCCUGAAGCACAGUGGCAUGAGAUUUACCACCAAAGACCGGGACAGCGACCACUCAGAGAACAACUGUGCCGCCUUCUACCGAGGGGCCUGGUGGUACCGCAACUGCCACACGUCCAACCUCAACGGCCAGUACCUGCGGGGCCCGCACGCCUCCUACGCCGACGGUGUCGAGUGGUCCUCUUGGACGGGAUGGCAGUACUCACUCAAGUUCUCGGAGAUGAAGAUCCGGCCACUCCGUGAGGACCGCUAGACUGGCACGCUGCCCAGCGCUAGUGUCCUCUGGUUAUGUCUAGUCCACACACAUCUCAUCCCAUGCCCACUCCAUGCCCACUGCUGCGAGAAUACGCUCUGCUCACCUGUGCAUGGCUGGCCUGCUCUUCGGUAGGGCUGGCCCAGGGCUGGCCCUGAAACUCAGCUCCCUGAGCCAGUGACGCCCCUUCCCAACCAGGUCCCUGUGUAUCAGGUAACAUGAUCGCUUGUUUCUAACAGUGGAGCUGGCACCUGGCAACCCCAAAUCCCACCUGCCCGGGCUUUGUCUGCUGCAUCCUGGUAGGGCAGCAUCCCCCACUUUUCCUGGCUUUGCAAAACCAUCCAGAGUAG